AUGGCCGAAACGCUCUAUAGCGGCGAGUCUCAAUAUAGGCCCAUGUACGGUAGCACCACCACCGCCGAUAGAAACAGCCUUGUCGAAUCGUUUCUCGGCCUUCUCCAAUCUCAUUCACCAACCUCCACACAGCUCUUUGCCUUCCUCGCUCUCUUCAUCUCCGGUGGAAUCCUUUUAUUCCUCCUCGGCGUAACUGCCACCGCUGCGGUGCUUGGCUUCAUCGUGCUUCUUCCGCUGAUCGUCAUCUCUAGUCCGAUCUGGAUACCCAUUUUUGUCCUGGUUGGCGGGUUCUUGACAGUCGCCGGAUUUCUUGUCGGAACGGUGGCCUUGGUGUUGUGGACGUACCGUUAUUUCCGGGGAAUGCACCCGGUUGGAUCGGAUCAGAUGGAUUAUGCGCGUAGUCGGAUCUAUGACACGGCCUCUCACGUCAAAGAUUACGCUAGAGAGUACGGUGGCUAUUUCCACGGCAGGGCUAAAGAUGCGGCCCCUGGUGCUUGA